AUGCCUGAAGCUAAUAAAGAAAAUUCUUCAUGUCCUUCCUACUCAAAUAAAAAACAGUCAUCUAUUUUAAGCUUUUUUAAAACAAACAACACUAAAGUAAAAAAAAAUGAAGUAACUACAAAUGAUUUAAAUAAUAAAUUAGAUGUAGGAAAAGGAAAUAACGGAAAUGAAAAUAAAGUAUGUAGCAAUAUAGAAGAUAAAAAUGAAAAUUGUUUAAAUAAUGAUAAUAAAAAUACUAACGAUAAUAAUGAUAAUAAUGAUAAAAAAAUAGUUGAAUUAAAUUCAAAAUUAAAUAUGUUGGAUAACUUUACAUCUAAUACAGAAAAGAAUAAUGAAGAGAAAAAUAGUAAGAUGCAUAAUAUGCUUUUUGAUAAUGAUAAUAAUAAAAACGAUGCAAUUUAUAAUAAAGAGUAUAUUCCCAAUGAAGAAUCAAGUACAGAAGAUGAUAUUAUUAUAAAAAAGAAGAGAAAAAUUGUUCUUGACGCAUCAAGUGAAGAUGCAAUUGAUAAUAAACAAAAGGAACAAAUUAAAAAUAUAAAUAACAAAGGAGUUGAUGGCAAAUUAAGCAAUUUAUUGUAUCAACCAAAUGAAAAAAUAGAGGAAACAGUAUUCAAUGAAAAUAGAUCCAAUGAUAUAAAGUAUAUACAAAAAAGAAAAGGAGAGGAUACAAAAAAAUCACAAGAAUUAGAUUUUCUAAGAAACAAAUAUUUAAGUCUACCAAUUAGUAUGACUAAUGACAAAUUCCGAUUAUAUAUAGAACAGUACUUUUUGUAUUGUAAUACUUUUGAGUUUCCUAAAUGGAUACAACCACAAUAUAUCAGAGAUAGUAAUCUCAAUAACCCUGAAAGUCCUAAUUAUGACUGCACAACAAUGUGGACUCCCCCACCUGAUCACAAGUGGGCAUUGGAAUAUAAACAAGCUCAUUAUACUCCAGGUAUGCAGCAAUUUUGGAAAAUCAAGGCUAAAAAUUUUGAUAAAAUAAUAUUUUUUAAAAUGGGAAGGUUUUAUGAAAUAUUUUAUAUUGAUGCUUGCUUUAUGCAUACUAUAUGUGGAUUGAAUUGGAUGGGUGGAGAGCAAAAGCCGCAUUUAGGAUUUCCUGAGCAGUCAUUACAUUUUUAUGCAAAAAAAGUUAUUAAUAGUGGACAUAAGGUUGUUGUAAUUGAACAAAUGGAAACCCCUAAAGAAAUGGAACAGAGAAAUAAGGAGUGUUCAGGGCCAAAAGAUAAAGCUAUUAAAAGAGAAAUUAAUGAAAUAUAUACAAAAGGAACAAUAUUACAUGAUAAUAUGCUAACAGCUGAAACAAAAUAUUUAGUUUGUUUUUAUUUUGAUGAAAUAGAAGAAGUAGAUGAUUCCAAUAGCCAAUCAAAAACUAAAUGUAAUUUUGGAUUUGUAGUCAGCGAUAUUGCUACUUCAUAUAUUGCAGUAGGAUAUUGCAAUGACGAUGAAUCGAGAAUCGAAUUGAGAACAAUUCUUGCUCAGUUAUGUCCUGCAGAGAUUCUAUAUUGUUCUAAAAAUAUUAAUAAAGAAGUUUUAUCUAUUUUUAAAAAUAUUGCCACUUCUCCUGAAUUAACUAGUUUAAACAACUUUCCUAAUAUAAUUUCGUCUUUUGAUGAAAUUAAUAAAUAUUUUGAAAAUAUGCCCCAAAGCUUAGAAAUAUAUAAAGAACAAAAUAGUGUAAUUUGCGCAUUUGGAGGAUUUAUUGUUUAUUUGAGAUCAUUAUUAUUAGAUAAGAAAAUUUUUAAAUUCUGCAAAGUAGAACAUUACGAUUUAUUUAAAAAAGAAAAUUAUAUGAUAUUAGAUGCAACCGCGCUAAAACAUUUAGAAAUAUUAGAAACUCAGUCAGGAGAUACAAAAAAUUCAUUAUAUGAUUAUGUGAACAAAACAUGUACUAAUUUCGGUGCUCGUAAUUUAAGAAGGUGGAUAUGCAGCCCCUUACUAGAUUGCAAAAAAAUUAAUGAACGGUUAGAUGUUGUAGAUUUUUUAAGAAAAAAUGAGCACAUUUUGUCUUUAAUUAGAUUAAAAUUAAAGAAAUUACCUGAUAUAGAAAGACUUUUAAACAAAAUUUGCAUUCAAGCAUCACAAAGUGAACGAGGUGCUGUUUUUUUUGAUAAUAUUGUAAACACAAAAUUAAGAGAAUUUGUAACCUUUUUAAAUGCAUUUAAAGAAAUAGAUACUUUAUUAAAGGAAAUAAAUACUAUAGACAAAGAUGAAGAAUUACCAUCUCGUCUUUUCGAAAUAUGUAAUACACCUGAUAAUAAAAGAAACGAUUUAAAAGGGUCUUUUCCAGAUAUAGAAAAUAUUACCAAUGAAUUUUUGCAAAAAAUUGAGUUUGAUGGAGAAAAGGAAUAUAAACCUGCUGAAGGUUGUGAUGAAAUAAUUGAUCAGAUAAAUAAAAAAGAAAAAGAUAUUGAAAAUCAGUUAAAUCAAAUAUUAAACAAUAUGAAAAAAUAUUUGAAAAUACCUACUUUGAAGUUUGUUCAUGCGAAAUAUAAGUAUGAAGUAGAGUGUCCUGACAAUGUACCUAAAUCUUUUUUAAAAGAAGUUGAAAUUACUUCCGCUAAAAAAGGUUAUGUUAGAGUCCAAAAUGAAGAAAUAAAAAAUUAUGUAGAAAUGCUAGAUGAUAUUGAGCAAGAAAAAAAAGAUGCUAUUUAUCCUUUUUUUCAAAAAAUAUUUCAAUUAUUUUAUGCUCAUUAUGAAAAAUAUGUAUCCGCAAGCAGAUUAAUUGCAGAAUUAGAUUGUUUGCAAGCAUUUUCAUAUGUAGCUUUAAAUACUUCUUUCUCAUUAACUAGACCUUUAUUACAUCCAAUAUGUUAUGAUAAUAAAGAAAAGGAGAAAAACAUAAAUAAAGAAGAGAAAGUAGGAGAAACACAAAAUUCUCAAAGCAUUCCUAGUAGUAGUGAUAAUAAAAAACCAAUUUUAAUUUUAGAAAAUAAUAUUCAUCCUGUCGUUGCUACAUUAAUGCCUAAUUUUAUUUCAAAUAAUAUUUACAUGGGAUGCGAUCAGGAAGAACAAUCUACUUUGUUAUUAACAGGACCAAAUAUGGGAGGUAAAAGUACCUUAUUACGUCAAACAGCUAUUUCUGUUAUUUUAGCACAAAUAGGUGCAUUUGUUCCCAGUACAUAUUGUGAAUUAACUAUUGUCGAUAAAAUUUUUACUAGGUUAGGAUCAAGUGAUAACUUAUUUGAAGGAAAAAGUACCUUCUUAGUAGAGUUAGAAGAUAUUUCUAAUUUAUUAAAACAAAGUACAAAAUAUAGCUUAGCUAUACUAGAUGAAUUAGGAAGAGGAACAUCUUCCUUUGAUGGAACAGCAAUUGCUUUAUCUACCUUAGAACAAAUAUCGGAUGUAAUUAAAUGUAGGUGUAUUUUUUCAACACACUAUCAUUUACUGGUAGAAGAAGUUAAGCAUAAUAGAAAUAUAUCCAACUAUCAUAUGAGUUUAAGUAUUGAUGAUGAACAAGAAAAAAUUAUAUUUUUGUAUAAAUUUAUAAAAGGAGUGUGCCCCAAAUCAUUUGGUAUUCAUAUAGCUAAAUUAGCUGGACUUCCAAAAGAAAUAAUUGAUUUAGCACAUGAAAAAUCAAUAUUAUUUGAAAAUGUAACAGAUGAAUUUUGUAAAAUUAUAAAAUAUAAAAAUAUUAUACGUUCUUUAUUAAAUGCAAGUGAUGACCAAACUUUAGCUACAUUAUUUCAUAAAUUCAAAAAGGAUUUUUCUUAA